UGCCUCAACAUAGUGAAAGCCUCUCCUCUCCCUCCAGGUAGUCCUGCAGAGUUGUGCCAGCUCCGUGCAGGUGAUGAGAUAGUGUCUGUUGGUGGGCACAGGGUGGCAGAGAUGAGCCACAGCCAGUGGAAGGGCAUGAUGACCUCUGCCCUGCAGAAAGGCAGUCUCACCAUGGAUGUACAGCGCUAUGGUAACAACGGUCCAACUGACACCAGCAGAGAUGCAACGAUGAUGAAACUGGCCCAGAUCAACGGACAAGAGGUGCUGACCUCUAAGAGCAGUAAGGGAGGUUUUCAGGACGAUCCCCUGACUAUCAGAAGUAAAGAACAUGAUCUGAUUGUUUUGAAAACCCAGAAAAGGAGAGCCGAGUUCUUUAAUCAGGAAGGAGGAUCGGCGUCGGCGAUAUCUGAUCUCCAGGUGCCGUCCCUCAGCACCUCCCCCUCCAGUUGGUCCUGGGACCCCGAGGAAGAGAGGAGGAGGCAGGAGAAGUGGCAGGAGGAGCAGGAGCGCCUCCUACAGGAGAAGUACCGUCAGGACCAGGAGAGACUGGAUGCCGAGUGGCAACAGGCCCAGGAGGAGGCAGGGGCGGAGAGAUACAGGCAGGCUGAGGAGACCCCUGAUCCUCUACCGUCCAGAUGCAUCGUGGGAUAUGUAGUCCCUUGUGUCAAAUCAUCCACAUCGAACAUGGCGAGCUCAGGAGAGAUGACCAAUGGGAUUGCUAGCCUUGCCAGUCCUCAGCCAGUCUUGAGCCAGCCCAUGGCCCCUGUUGCCAUGGGCUGUUGCCAUGUGGAAUCCAAUCCAAAGGAAGUUGUUUUUGACGGGGGAAGAAGGGAGGAGCCUCGUCCUCAAGAAGGGAGGAACCUGGAAGAGGAGACUGAUGAAGUGGCAGGAGGAGAUAAGUGGUCUGGGGACUCCUAUGGUUUCACCCAGCUAUCUAUAGCUGACAGGAUGAAAUCCAAGUCCUCCCCAUCGUUGGAGGGUUUCCACAGACAGGAGGUGAAAGGCGCUACCAGGGAGGUCGCUAGGAGGAAGCCUCCUCAGAGCAUGUCGUUAGUAGAGGCUGAGAGGCAACAGAUCCUGGACGAGAUGAGGAAGAGGACCGCUCUGCUGACCGACAACAGCUGGAUACGACAACGCUCCACCUCUGACAACAGACAACCAACUAACCGGCGAGGGCCUAUGAGGAGGUACGACUCUCUGGACAACCUUCCCUCUUCCGCCACCCUGCUCUCUAACCCCCAACGCCCCCACUCCUCCCUGGGUUUCGCCGCCCCGUACCGCCCCCCCUCCUCCCGGCACAGCAUGGGUGUGGCCCUGGGGGGUUACUCCAACGGGACCCAGAAGCACAGCCCUACCUGGCCCCGCCCCUUCAGCACAUCUUCCCCCCCGCCCAACACCGGAGAGGAACCCGCCACCGGCGAAUCACGUCCCGUCUCACAGCAGCACCACCGAGUGCUGACUUCUCGUCAGGUGUGUUCAGUGUGUGUGUGUCCUAUGGGCAGAGGGGCUGCCAUGGUCAUUGAGACCCUGAACCUCUGCUUCCACCUGGCCUGUUUUCAGUGUGUGGACUGCAGGUGCCGACUUGGAGGGUCAGAAGUCAGAGCCCAGAUCAGAAUCAGCAACGGGAAGCCUUACUGUGACCCCUGCUACAUCCGACUCAAGUCACACCUUGCCACCUCCCUGUGACCAGAAUGCAUUGCAGCAGAUUGAGGAAGAGACGACGACAACCUCAAACACGACGGUGGAGAUCUUGACUAUGACCUCGUGUUGACCAUGUAUUUAGAGCUGGUUGACCUUUCUUUUAGGGAACAAUGUACCGAUUUAUACUAUUGGCUGUGACUCAAAUGGCUUCCUAUUCCCUACAUAGUGCACUACUACCCAUAGGGCUCUGGUCAAAAGUAGUGCACUAUGUAGGGAAUAGGGGGCCGUUUGGGACAUGUCUCAAAGAUGCAGUUUUGGCGUUCUUCCUAGUUAAUUAACUACUGUACAUGUUGACAUACCCUAUGUCUCUGACGAAGAUGCAGUUUUGGCGUUCUUCCUAGUUAAUUAACUACUGUACAUGUCCACAUACCCUAUGUCUCUGACUAAGAAUCAGUUUUGGCGUUCUUCCUAGUUAAUUAACUACUGUACAUGUCUGACUAAGAAUCAGUUUUGGCGUUCUUCCUAGUUAAUUAACUACUGUACAUGUCUGUAGCUUUUAAUAUGCAAUCGAUGGCUAUCCACAACAAUAGCUGGACACGUGUAGUUAAGAGCUAUAGGGAGUUUUAAAUCACAAUUGGGAUUUGUUUUUUUCUUGUUGAUGACGUAAAUUGAUAAAUGAGGCUCUAUUAAAUGAAUCUAAUAAAUGUGAGUUGUAUUUGA